CGCCAGUGCUGACUAAAAAUCAAAAAAAAAAUCAUUAACCACGCACUAGAUUACCAGCACUAAAGAGAUACCUGGAGCAUGUGCUCGUUACUUUGCUCGGGGGGACUUGUGUCUGACAUCGCCGCGAUGCUCCGAGUCGAUUGAGUCUCUAUAAGGCUCAGUCUGUGUUAUGGGGAAUCAACUGCCAUGGACUUGAACAGCCUUGGAUCUAGCCAACCUCCUCUACCGCCAUGAUCGUAGAAUGGUGCACCCAAUUCUUGGACCCGCGAGCUUCCAAAGACCUUGAUAUCCCGCGCGCACUCAUCAUUCUGAAUCAACCUUUUAGUGUUAGCCUGUUAAAGACCCUCUGGGCCACCUCCGAAUGGCAUUCUUGCGCCGACGGCGGCGCUAAUCGUUUAUAUGAUGUCUUGGGCACAAGCGGUCAUCCAGACCUUCGAAACUCUGACAUCAAGUCUAGAUUUCUCCCUGAUAUGGUGAAGGGUGAUCUCGACUCUUUACGGGACGAUGUUAGAUUGUACUACGCUUCACUGAAUGUACCAGUAAUUUACGAUUCCAACCAAGAUUCUACGGACCUCAUGAAAUGCGUGCAAGCACUUGAAGAGAAAGAACGCUUAACUGGACGGGAGUUUGAGAUUGUGAUCCUGGGAGGUCUCUCCGGAAGGUUGGAUCAGACUGUACAUACACUAUCAUACCUCCACAAGCUUCGUAAGACUCGCAAACGCGUCUUUACAGUCACCGACGAUAACGUAGGAUGGGUUCUUGAUGAGGGUGAACAUCUCAUCCACAUCAACCACGACGUAUUAGGACAAACGUGUGGGCUCCUCCCUGUCGGCAUCGACUCGACCAUCCUGACGACGACUGGGCUGCGGUGGAACCUGGACAACACAGAGUCAUCAUUUGAUGGACUUGUGUCCACAUCAAAUCAUCUCGUACCAGGACAAGACGUAACGAUCAAGACCUCCAAGCCAAUCUGGUGGUGUGCGGAGUUACGGGAACACUGAGAACAUACGCUCCUACAUUAUUGCAUAAUUAGACUUGUAUCUUAGAUAUACUAUAGAGUAUAGUGUGUAGUUUCUUGUAGUACUCUCUUGGACAUGCGAUGUGAAAUUGACGGGGUCGAGAAGGCAGCCGUGAUUCAGCGUG